UGUGCCGUUGGUUAAACACGCAGAAAGGAGGAAGAAGGAAAAAAACAGUCGAGACUCAGUCUCAAAUUCUCUUCAUCUGAAAUCCCCAAAUUCAAAACCCUAACCCUAAAUUAGAUCAUUGUUUUGAUUUCAUUGAUAGAUUGAUUGAAGAUUACACAAAAAAAAAUCCUAGAUUUUGAUCUAAUUUUGAGUGGAAAUCAGUGAGGAUUUGCCCAUUGUAAUGAUCUCAUGUUAUUUUGUAGAUAAUUUAAGUGUUAAAUAUGAUGAACAGCCACAAUCACAAUAGCAACGGUAUGAUAUCAUCAACGUCAACAAUUAGUAAUUCCCAAUCAGCAACAACAGCAGGAGGAGUGAAAACCUAUUUCAAAACCCCAGAAGGUCGAUUUAAAUUACAGUAUGAAAAAACUCAUCCAACUGGUUUACUUCACUAUUCUCAUAGUAAAGUUGUUACUCAGGUGACGAUAGCGUAUCUUAAAGAGAAAUCUGCACAAUUGCCACCAACCCCGACUUCUAGCUCGAAUGGUGGUAGUGGAGUUAGGUUGUUGUCUGCUGCUAGAUUUCUAGGAGGUAGUAAUGGGAGCCGUGCACUUAGUUUUGUAGGUGGGAAUGGUUCGAGUAAAACGGUAGCUGGAAAUGGUAGAGUUUCUUCGAUGGGUUCUGGUACAAGUACUAGUAAUUCUUCGGCUACUUCGAAUUAUGAUGGGAAAGGAACUUAUUUGAUCUUCAAUGUUGGUGAUACUAUUUUUAUCAGUGACUUGAAUUCACAAGAUAAGGAUCCCAUCAAAUCGAUUCAUUUCAGUAAUUUGAAUCCUAUAUGCCAUGCAUUUGAUCCUGAGGCUAAAGAUGGGCAUGACUUGAUUAUAGGACUGAACUCUGGAGAUGUGUACUCGGUGUCAUUGAGACAGCAAUUACAAGAUGUUGGGAAGAAGCUAGUUGGAGCUCAUCAUUAUAACAAGGAUGGUUUAGUUAAUAACAGUCGAUGCACUAAUAUGGCAUGGGUACCUGAGGGUGAUGGAACCUUUGUUGUUGCUCAUGCUGAUGGGAAUUUGUAUGUCUAUGAAAAGGGCAAAGAUGGUGCUGCUGAUUCUUCAUUUCCUGUUAUCAGGGAUCAAACCCAAUUUUCUGUUGCACAUGCGAGGUCCAGUAAGAGUAAUCCUAUUGCUAGAUGGCAUAUUUGUCAGGGUUCAAUAAAUAGCAUAUCUUUCUCAGCAGAUGAUACAUACUUGGCGACUGUUGGAAGAGAUGGUUAUUUACGGGUGUUUGACUACUCCAAAGAACAGCUAAUUUGUGGUGGGAAAAGCUAUUAUGGUGCUCUAUUGUGUUGUGCAUGGAGCAUGGAUGGAAAAUAUAUUUUGGCUGGAGGUGAAGACGAUCUGGUACAAGUUUGGAGCAUGGACGAUCGAAAGGUAGUAGCAUGGGGAGAGGGUCACAGCUCAUGGGUUAGUGGUGUAUCUUUUGACUCAUACUGGUCAUCACCAGCCUCAGAUGGCACAGGGGAAAGUGCCAUGUACCGGUUUGGUUCCGUUGGUCAAGAUACACAGUUGCUUCUGUGGGACCUGGUAAUGGACGAACUGGUGGUGCCUCUUCGACGCCCUCCAGGUGGUUCCCCAACAUAUAGCACCGGAAGUCAGUCUGCUCACUGGGACAACAGCAUGUGCCCAGUAGGUACCCUCCAACCUGCUCCUAGCAUGAGGGAUGUGCCAAAGCUCUCUCCUGUAGUGACCCAUCGUGUUCACACUGAACCUCUAUCUGGAUUGACAUUCACCCAAGAAUCAGUUCUCACUGUAUGCCGGGAGGGACACGUGAAAAUAUGGAUGAGACCAGGUUACGGCGAACCUCAACCUACUAACAACUCCUCAGAGAACGUGCUAAGUACGAGCGCCAAGGAAAAGCCGCAACUGAGUAAAAUCAGAAUAACCCCUUGAUAGUAGUAGUGAAUUGUAUGUGUACUCUAACAACAUUAUUCAAUAAUCACUUGGUUUAGGGUAAAACGAUUUUGGUUUUAAUGUCUAACCACACCAGCUUCCACCUGUUAUUGGUCAAAGCUGUUAAAUUAUUUGUAUACCGAUCAAUAUCAGUUUAAACUUGUAUGAAGUGGUAAAGAUUAUACACCACCCUGAUCCUGUAAAUCUCUGGUGAUAUGUUGGAAGUAAAAGAGGUUACUUCUGUUUGGGUGUAAACCCACCAGCUCAAGCUACUCAGACUUCCUCG